AUGUACUCACUGAAUGUGACCUCCCUAUUCACGAAUGUCCCACUUCUAGAGACUAGCGAGUUCCUGUGUGAAUACAUAGCAGAAAACCACUUGGAAACCGGAAUACCCCUUCCCACUCUGAAGGAGCACCUACUUCGGUGCACAUUUGGCGUCCAGUUCCUGUUCAAUGGUCGCAUCUACCAACAAACGAACGGAGUCGCAAUGGGAUCUCCGCUGGGACCACGUUUGGCGGACAUAUUCAUGGGUAAACUCGAGAGUACAAUUCUACAACCUACAAUUCUUCUACGCGUUCACUUGCUCAAGUGGAGCGAGAUAUAUCGGCCGGACUACGAGGCAGCUAUCAAAGAGGAUACGAGAACACCCCCGCUGGUUGAGACACGGUGA